UAACAUACAUACAUAUAAAAGUGUAUGAUUUGAGGCGGGGUGCCUUCGCUUUGCCUGUGAAACAAAACUCGGGGAUUCAGUUGCUCCAUUCCGCGUGUCUUAAACAUGGAAGCAGUGAUCUAACGAGGAGGGACGACAUGCUGUGAAGUGACCGCAGACCAACAAAGAAGCAACAAUGUUGCGAUCUGCUGUCAGGCUGCUGCUGCCCAGGACCAGGACUGGAGCUGAGACCUGGACUGGAGGAUGUUCCUGGUGUCCAUGCAGAAGCAUUUCUGUGAAACCGGGAGGUUUAAAACCAAAGACGGUGCCUGCUCGGUACCUCGGCCAGCCCAGCCCUUUCACCCAUCCACACCUCAUCAAACAUGGGGAGGUGACUCCAGGGCUGAGCCAGACUGAGUUUGAGCUCCGCAGGCAGCGGUUAGCCUCACUGAUCGAGGCUCAGGCGGACAGGCUGGGACCCUCGGCCUCCUCCAGCACCCAUGUGGUCGUCGUCCUAUCCCAUCCAAUUCGCUACAUGUCCAACGACAUCCCUUAUAGCUUCCAUCAGAAUCAGGACUUCCUCUACCUCACCGGCUUCCUGGAGCCGGACAGUGCCUUGGUGCUUUACGGGAAGGGUCGGCCAGACCAGGCCAUCCUGUUCGUCCCGCGCAGAGAUCCGGGGAGGGAGCUGUGGGACGGGCCGCGCUCGGGGAAGGACGGAGCGGUGGCUCUGACCGGCAUCGAGAGAGUUCACAGCACGGAGGAGCUGAGCCUCGUGCUCAAGACCCUCAAAGGCAACGUGUUGUGGUAUGAAAGCUCUCAGCCGGCCCACCCUCGCCUCCACCAGACCCACCUGUGUCCCGUGCUGGAGUCUGGACCCACGCCGCGCUCCGUCAGGCCCCUCAUUCACUCUCUCAGGGCGCUGAAAAGCCCGGCGGAGGUGGCGCUCAUGCAGGAGGCGGGUCGCAUCACGGCACAGGCUUUCAGGAGGACGAUGGCGUUGUCUCGAGGGGAUGUGGAUGAAGCAGUGCUUUUUGCAAAGUUUGACUUUGAGAACCGGAUCCACGGUGCCAACUUCCUGGCCUAUCCUCCCGUUGUUGCUGGAGGGAAUCGAGCGAACACGCUGCACUACAUAAAUAACAAUCAGAUUAUCAAGGACGGCGAAAUGGUCCUGCUCGAUGGCGGCUGUGAAUACUUUGGCUACGUCAGUGAUAUCACUCGGACCUGGCCAGUGAAUGGAAAAUUCAGCCCCGCCCAGGCUGAGCUGUACGAGGCGGUCCUGGAGGUCCAGCACUCCUGUUUGUCUCUGUGCUCCCCGGGCGUCAGUCUGGACCACAUCUACAGCACCAUGCUGGCUCUUCUGGGACGCCAACUCAAGCGGCUCGGCAUCCUCAAGGCCGGUACCAGCGAUGCCGACGUGCUAAAGGCUGCGAGGCGGUACUGCCCCCACCACGUUGGCCAUUACCUGGGUAUGGACGUCCACGACACGCCCGAGCUGUCCCGCUCACAGCCUCUCCAGCAAGGCAUGGCCAUCACCAUAGAACCAGGGUUAUACAUCUGUGAAGAUAACGAACAGGCGCCGGAGCGUUUCCGCGGCCUGGGCGUCAGAAUUGAGGACGACGUGGUGAUCCGGGAUGAGGGGGGACCGCUCGUCCUCUCCUCCGAUGCCCCGAAGACCCUUGCUGAUGUGGAGCGGGCCUGCGCCCAGAGAUAAAACAAGGAGCGAUGGAGCGGCCCAGUGAGCCGCGACGUACACGAGUGUGCCGUGCUUUAUGGUCGUCUUCCUGGUGACGAUGUUAUCAAGCUCGGGGCCCGGGCACAUGAAGAACGGGAGCGCACCGUGAGACUUUCAGUCUCAUUAAGGCCUGAACAAUUAAGGUAAUGGGAUGGUGAAAUAUUGUGAGCGUUGCAGAUGUUUUUACAGUCAACGUUGAAAGACAACAGAAAAAAAAAAAAGGUCCAUAUUGUUCGACAGUAAAGUUAGAAGUUCUCAGCACACGCUCACAUGGUCACAGCUAAAACUUGAUCAAAACAAAAUAUUUAAUUAGAAAACCAACUGUCCUGUGAUCUUUCACUUGUAGUUAUGGAAACCUCUUGCAGAGUCUGGGAAGGUUUAACUGUGCGUGAAUUAAUGAUGUUACAGCUGUAGAGCUCACCCCCUGUCCAAGCUGCAGUCGGCAACGGCCUCCUCAAACACGGAGAGACAAAUCAUCAAGAUAAGCCGGUCCUAAUCAUGCGCAGCAUAUCUCAGAUCGUCAGUUAUCAGUGAGUGAAAUAUCUAACUGAUUUUAUACCAAAUGAUAAGUUCACUUCUUAACACAGAUUCACAUUUUUUAAACUUCAAGUUCUUCUUUUUUUGGGGGGGGCGAGGGGCUUUAUGGCACUCAGAAAAAGGUCUUCUACACACAAAAAUUUAAACACCAAUGGCUGAACAUAUUGUACUGCUGUAUUUGUAGCGUUAUUGAAUGAGGACGGACCGUUCCCAAACAGCUGCUCCUGAUACUGCUGGAAUGACGGUAAUGGCUACAAGAAAUUUUUGUUCAAAUAUGAGCAAAAGUGGUGGAUUUUGUGUGCUGGACUUUUGUUUCUCCAGCUGCACAGUGCCUCGCGAUCCAUUUAAAAGUAUUUGAUGUCUAAAUUUAUUAAAAUGUUCUUUCACAACCAAUAA